AAUCAGAUAUACCUUCUAAUGCUAUUGCACAAUUAGAAGCUAAAAAAAACAAAGAAAUCUCUGAAAAAAAAAUUAUAGAAUAUAUGCAACUUCUUGAUAUAGCUAAUGAUAACUCAAUAAAGAAAGAUUUAGAAAUCAAAAUUA